UCUUCCCAUAAACUAGCACAAUCUCAAAAUUAACCAAAACUUCAUCAAUUCUUCAUUCUCAAUCAAGCUGUGUUCCAUUCCCUUCCUUUCCCUUUUCCCAUUUAGCCACCAUCUCUAGCAAACUGCUUGUUUCAAAAUUCAACAUGUCACAUCUUUUUUCUUGAUUUCUUUCAUUUUGCAUCAAUUAACAUAUUGCUUAUUUAUUCUUACGAACUAUCCUUUUUUUCUCCUUCUUGAGAUCUAUUAUAGCAAAAUGGUGAAGAAUCACUUAGAUAAAAAUGGCAGCUUUACAGGCAGCCCAAAACCACCUCGUUCGGCCACGUCCACUGAGGCGUCAUGCGCUGAUCAACAUUCCAGAAAUAGCAGCCAGGAAGAGUUAGAUCAUUCAUUGAACACUCAUAUUGAAGACAUUAAGAAAUUAUCCGAAGAUAUUGAUCGAUUCGUGGAAUCUCUUUCCAUGUGCCAUGAUAAAUCAAAUCCCCCUCAAGUCCCUGAUUCGGUCGAGACCUUUUCCAAAAUGGUCGAGUCCAGGAUCAAAAAGUAUAACUCUUGCGAAAAUGCCACCAGAUUUUGCAAGAUGGCAGAGGAGGACACUUGUUUUAUAGAAGCAGUGACAAUGUUAUCCAAAUUAACAAAUUCCUUGAGUGAAUUUCCAUCAGGUUCAAUGACCACGAGGUCGUUGAACCUAACGAGCAUGGUCUUGCAACGUGCCAUGACUUUCAUGGAAGAAGAAUUGAGAAACUUAUUAGAAGAUUCUAGAGUGUCUUCCAAUUCUAGAGUUCUUAAAAAUUCGUCAUUCAAUGCGAACAAUCUAUUAGACGGGGAGCAAUGUGUUUUGACACUUUCAGAAUCCAGUGGAGAAGAGGAAUAUCCGUCGUAUUCUCCAGAUGUAUUGACAAGAAUGAAUCGAAUUGCCUCAGCCAUGAUCUUGGCUGGCUAUGAAACAGAAUGUUGUCAAGUGUAUUCGAUUUCGAGAAGAAAUGCAUUCAGUGAACAAAUGAAAAAGCUCGAAUUCGAGAGGAUAAACAUGGAGGAUGUUCAAAGAAUGCCAUGGGAUUCUCUAGAAGGAGAGAUUACAAGGUGGAUCAGAGUUGUAAAAAGUUGCUCGACAACUCUGUUCCCUGGCGAAAAGAGACUCGGAGACUCUGUUUUCUCCGAUUCUCCUAUGAUUUCCCGAAGCUUAUUUAGCAACCUGGCGCGCGCCAUUGUGAUUCAGCUUCUCGACUUUGCUGAGGCCGUCUCAAUGACCAAACGCUCAGCCGAGAAGCUGUUCAAAUAUCUAGACAUGUAUGAAGCUAUACGUGAUCUUAUCCCAACGAUCAACGAGUCGUGUUCCAACGAAUGUGAGAAUGAAUUGAAGUCCGAGAUUUCAGCUACCGGAGACAGGAUAGGGGAGUCAGCUGUAAGCAUAUUCUGUGAUCUCGAAAAUUCCAUUAAAAAUGAUGUGGCGAGGACACCAGUCCCGGGUGGGGCAGUGCACCCGUUAACGCGUUACGUUAUGAAUUAUCUAAAAUAUGCAUGUGAGUACAAAGAUACCCUAGAGCAUAUUUUCCAGCAACAUGUAAAAUUGGAGGAAUCCAAUUCCCCUGCCAAAUUGAAACCAACAUUGGAGGUAGAAACAGAGAGCGAAAGCCCCCACGGUUCUGAAACAGUAGCUGGGACAACGCCGUUCUCAAUACAGUUAGUCACAAUAAUGGACCUUUUGGAUACAAAUCUUGAAGCUAAAUCAAACCUGUACAGAGACCCUGCGUUGCGCCACAUUUUCUUAAUGAACAAUGGUAGGUAUAUCUUACAAAAAGUUAAAGGGUCCGCGGAGAUACACCAAGUGAUGGGCGACACGUGGUGUAGGAGAAGAUCAACGAUCGUGAGACAAUACCACAAGAAUUACCAAAGGGAAACAUGGGGUAAGGUACUCCAAAUCCUAAGCCAUGACGGAAUGCAAGUCCAUGGGAAAGUAGUGAAGACGACAGUGAAAGAAAGGUUCAAGAAUUUCAAUACAAUGUUUGAUGAAAUACACAGGAGUCAAAGCAGUUGGGUUGUGAGUGACGAGCAGCUUCAAUCAGAGCUUCGUGUUUCGAUAUCAGCUUUGGUAAUUCCAGCUUAUAGGUCAUUUUUUGGGAGGUUUAGACAGUAUUUGGACAGCGGAAAGCAAGCAGAAAAGUAUGUAAAGUACCAGCCAGAGGACAUUGAAACAUUGAUUGAUGGACUAUUUGAUGGUAAUUCUGCAUCAAUGGCCAGGAGGAAGACAUAGCUAUCGUUAUUCAUGCUAAAGAAAGACUCCGAGAAUUUUUGUAUAACAUAUUAUUAUUGUAUUUCAUUUCCCUCUUUUUAUAUUUCAACCUUCUCAACUUUUCCUUUUAUACAUGCGUAACUGGACUUGUAUUAGACUCUUUUUUCUGUACCUAGUUUUAUACCUUCUGUAAUUGAUCCUGUUAAAUUUAUUUUUGGUAAAUAUCUAGUGAUCAACUGUUUACAGUCCUAUCAGUUCAACAAAAUUAAACUAGUCAUACAUCUUAAAUUUGA